AUGGAGCCAGAAUUCGAUGAAGUUAUGAAAGAUCCCAUUUUUUCACAGAUUAUGGUUAUCCAGAAGAAUGAUCUAAAGUUUUCGGCGAGGUUGGUACACUCUUUCUUGUGUAAGGAGUUGAUGACAAGCAAGAGACAUGAGAAGUGGUUCACUUUCGCUAGGAGACCUCUGCGUUUUGGAUUGCAAGAGUAUCAUGCUGUCACUGGUCUAAAAGUGAAGCGAGAGAAUAACAAUGGGUUAGUGACAUGGAAAGAUGAUGAUGGUUUUUGGAGCAAGCAGAUAAAGACAAAUGGAAAAAUAAAUUUGCAGAUCAUAAAAAAGAAGCAUUUGGAAGAGAGCAAUACCUGGACUUGGGUUGAUAGGGUGAGACUGAUAUAUCUUUGUGUUAUUAUGGGUGUGGCGAUGGGGAAGGAUGAGAAGGUGAAUAUCCCGCAUCAGUACAUGAAGUUGGCGAUGGAUUUGGAGAAGCUUCGGAAUUACCCAUGGGGUCUGUAUUCGUUUGAUUUCCUUCUGAAGCAAAUUGAUAAAACAAGGCAUAAAUUGGAGCAGAAAGAGGGGUAUCUGAUGGAAGGAUUCUUGUUUGGUUUCCAAAUUUGGAUAAUGGAAGUUGUUCCUGCUUUAGGAGAGAUUUGUGGCACAAAAGGGAUUUUGCAUUCAUUCAUGGAAUCCAACAUAGAUGGAGUGGUCCUUUUGGCAACUGAUUUCGUACAGAAGGAUGAGAAGAAAGAUGAAAGCGUAGAUCGCAUUUUGGAUAUGAUCAAUAGCAAACAUGAUUGGAACAAACAUGUUUGGGGAGUAAAAGAAGCUACGAACUCUGAAUUUGAGGAAUCUGGCGAAGAGAAAGGAGAGGAUCAAACAGCUGAUACUGAGAGAGGUGAAAAUAGUCAUGUUGCAGGGAAUGUUGAUGGCACAGCUGAUGUUUCGGGAAGAAACAAGAGAAAGCAUGCAGACCGAGGAGCAGAGUCAAGGAAGAAGAAUGUUUUGUGCCACCUAGCUGCUUCAUCAAAAGAGAAUAUUGACACGGAUAUGAAAAACUUCUUGGAGGAUCUGGUACAAGCUUCUUUUACUACUUUUGGGGAGAAAUUAUGUCAGCAGUUCUCGGACAGGUUGGGAAAGAUUGAGACUGAGGUUACACAACUCAGGACAGCUUCGGAGAGAACUGAGCAAUUUGAGACAGUUGUAACCGACAGAUUGGAGAAAAUUGAGGCUGAGGUUACACAGCUCAGGACAACUUUAGUGGUGACUGAAUUGGUGGGAAAGAGUGAUCAAGCAAGCGGUCCUAGCAUGACCAAAAUCAACAGUGGUCCUAGCACCAGCAAAAAAGGCACUGUUCCAUCAAAGAAAAAGGCUGUAAAAAACCAAGAGUUAAAGACUGCUGAUUCGUGUGUCAAUUUAUCUCGUGCAAAAGUUACUCAAUCAUCAGCUAGUGAUCUUCGUAUGGGUACACAAGAGUUUUUGGAAAGUUGCAUGAAGAACCUUCCAUUAGACACAUUUGUGAAAGGUUUGAAUCCUUCUCAAGCUAAAGUCAAAGAUUCAUUGGAUUGGUUGGAACUUCCAAAAUCAUUGAAGAAGCCAACAUAUUCAUUGGAACUUCUAAAAUCAUUGAAGAAGCCAGCGGUCCGAUUAGAUGACCUAGAUAUAGAGCUAGACGGCGAAGAUUUCCUUGAUCGCUGCUUGGUGUUUGUGCAUCCUGCAGAUUUUAAGAAGAUGCAGGACUGGCAAAAUACACGAACAGCUAUACAGAUUGGUCCUUCUAUGUUAGACGGUGAUCUAGCCGGACGUAUUAUGUCUGCCAGCAGUUGGCUUAAAAACUACGAAAGAACAACAUUGAAACGAUGGAACGUAGACCGUGUUGCUUUCAUGACAUGCGUCUUCAGCGACCUCAUUGCUAAGGAUUACCAGAAUUUCUGUAAGGGUAUUAAGAAAUACACCAUGGAUCCAUUAUUACUUCAAUACGGUAAAGGUGAACUGCCUUCCCAUGGAAGAACACGGAUGUUGUGGAAUGUCGAUGUGGAUCGGAUGUACGUUCCUGUCUGGGAAAUGGAAGCUUUCGCGCAGCUUAUUCCUCGGAUUGUCAAGGCUGUGAAGUCAUUGACAAUACAGAAGCAUCUCCACAUCACUCCGUACAAUGUUUCCUAUGUACCUAUGAGUGGUCUUAACCGACUUCAAUGUCAUUGUGGUGUGUUCACUAUAAAACACAUCGAAUGCCACGUGCUUGGGUUGGACAUAUCUAUGGUGAGUGAUGAGAACAUCUGGGGAGCUCGGAUAAAGAUUAUGUGGGAUCUAUGGGAAGCAGCUAAUGAUCUAGAACUGAUUGAGAGAAUGUCAAAGUAUGAGCCUAUUAAGUGUAGUAAGCCUGCCGAGUAUGUUGAGAUUGAUGAUUUAUGA